GUCAUUCUGAUUGUCUAAAGUGUUGUUGUUCCAGAAGCAAACGUUAUCGUCGUCGUGUACUGUGUGCAAUAAGUGCCGUUAUUAAGACCCCCGCCACCAAUAAAAAGCUCCGUUAGAAUAAAAAGUGCUGGCGAUAAAUUUGAGUGCUACAAAUUGAGUGCAAUUCACGAUCAAAGUAAAAAUAUCAAGAAGAAAAUUCAAAUAAUUUCAUACAAAUUCUUUUUUCCCUCCCACACCCCCAUACACCAAUUUUAUUUACCAUAAAGCAGCCGAAAUAAAUAAUAAAAAAAACGGAACGCGUGUGUUUUGCCCCGUUUCGACGAACUUGUGUGUUGUUUUUGUGUUAAACGACGUCCCAGCAGCACGCAAUAAGAAAGAAAAAGCAAAAAGAGACAACGAGUAGAGGACUACGUCAAAGUUGGAAGCAGAAACAGAAACUGAAACAGAAAAACCCAACCUCACGCUGAGCAAGAGUAUUAAAGGCGCAACAAUUUUUCGGUUUUAAGCAUUUCAAGUAAAUUAUAAUAAAGCAAACUAAGAAGAAACAUGACUGAGGUAGAGCAACCGCCACAGAACGGCAUAGAUCCCACCGCGGGCGAGGAUGAUGACAACAAUAAAGCGCGUCCCGCGGACAUUGAACAGGACAUGCGUGAAAUGGAGCGACGCAAACGUGUGGAGGCGAUUAUGGGCUCGAAACUGUUUCGCGAGGAACUCGAACGCAUUGUAGACUCGGCACGCGAGGGUGGCGCUGGUGCCAGUGGCAUAUUGCAGCAGCUAUCCGAUAUUGUGGGCGUGCCCGUGUCACGCGUGAGCAACGUAUUCAAGAGCAGCAGCUGCAUGGUGCCCAUCAAUGAUAUACGCGGCGUGGAAUCGAUGGGAUAUGCCAAGGGCGAGAAGAUACUCAGAUGCAAACUGGCUGCCACAUUCCGGCUGCUCGAUCUGUACGGCUGGACCCAGGGUCUGGGUGCACAGAUCACGGCCCGCCUCAAGGUCGAUCAAGAGUACUUUUUGGUGAAUCCAUAUGGACUGCUGUAUCACGAGGUGACUGCCUCGUCCCUCAACAAAGUCGACAUGCAGGGCCAGAUUGUCGAGCAGGGCACCACCAAUUUUGGGGUGAACAAGAGCCACUUUGUGUUGCAUUCGGUGGUGCAUGCCGCCCGUCCCGACAUCCGUUGCGCCAUCUACAUUGGCUGCAGUCCCGUGGUGGCGAUCUCCUCGGUGAAGUCCGGUCUGCUGGCGCUCACCAAGGAUGCCUGCGUGCUCGGCGAGAUUAGCACACACGCCUACACCGGCCUCUUUGAUGAGGAGGAGCGCAAUCGCCUCGUACGCAAUCUGGGACCCAAUUCCAAGGUGAUGCUGUUGUCCAACCAUGGCGCUCUGUGCUGUGGCGAGACCAUCGAGGAGGCUUUCUUUGCCGCCUGCCACAUCGUGCAGGCGUGCGAGACCCAACUGAAGCUACUGCCCGUCGGCAUCGAUAAUCUGGUGGUCAUACCAGAUGAAUCGCGCAAGCUGAUCUACGAGCAAUCCCGUCGUCCGCCCGAAGAUUUGGAAAAGAAAUUCGCAGCCGUUGCCACCGAGGAGGAUGGCGCUGCUGCCGCUAGCAAAGAAGAUGCACCAGCAGCGCCCAAGAUCGGCAGCCCGCCCAAGUGGCGUGUGGGUGGUGCCGAAUUCGAGGCACUGAUGCGUAUGCUGGACAAUGCUGGGUAUCGCACUGGCUACAUCUACCGCCAUCCACUGAUCAAAUCGGAUCCGCCAAAGCCGAAGAAUGAUGUGGAACUGCCACCGGCUGUCUCCUCGCUGGGCUACCUGCUCGAAGAGGAGGAGCUCUUCAGACAAGGCAUCUGGAAGAAGGGUGAUAUACGGAAGGGUGGCGAUCGCAGUCGCUGGCUGAACUCGCCCAAUGUCUAUCAGAAGGUCGAGGUACUGGAGACUGGCACACCAGAUCCCAAGAAAAUCACAAAGUGGGUAGCCGAAGGUUCGCCCACCCACUCAACGCCGGUGCGGAUCGAGGAUCCAUUGCAAUUUGUGCCAGUUGGAACCACAACCAAGGAGUUUAAGCGGCUGCAACAGCAAAUCAAGGACAAUCGUCGUGCGGAUGUCAUUUCAGCUGGACCACAAUCGCAUAUACUGGAGGGCGUCACCUGGGAUGAGGCAAAUCGCAUCAAAGAUGCAACCGUCUCCCAAACCGGUGAUCAUGUUGUGCUAAUGGGUGCUGCCUCCAAGGGCAUCAUACAGCGCGGCUUCCAACACAAUGCGACUGUCUACAAGGCGCCCUAUGCCAAGAAUCCCUUCGACAAUGUGACAGACGAUGAGCUCAACGAAUAUAAACGCACCGUGGAGCGCAAAAAGAAGAGCAUUCAUGGCGAAUAUACCGAUACAGACUUUUCGGAAUCGGAGGCACUCAACUCGAUGCAGGCGGCGGGUGCACAUGCACAUGCAAAACACGCACAGAGUGAGCCAGAAACGGAACACCAAGUCAUACAGAUCCAAACACAGCAGGCGCCCAUUCCCAGCCAGGCUGAGGUUGUGCUGAGUGAUGCUAUGCUGGCGUAUUUGUCAAAUAAAUAUGCUUUCCUCUAUGCAACAACAAGUCAUUGCAUUGAGACCUUUCACUGCAUUCAGGUGCAUGUAAUACAUAAAAUUGAUGCCACAUAUAAGCACAACUAUCCGUUGCUCAAUGCAAACACCACCAACCCCAACAGCGAGGAUAGCUUUGUGGCACAUGUGGCACAACACAGCACACCCAUGCGAUCCGCGGUGCAUUCAGCUAUUAUCUAUCAGCCAACUGCUGUCAACAACAACAACAACAACAGCAACAGCAGCUGCAGCAGUAAUGCCUUAAAUACAUCAUCAUCAACAUCAGCUGCACCAUUUCGCACCUUUUCGCAUUAUGGCUUCAAUUGUCCGCUGACAAAUGAGCCAAAUAUACUCUUGCAUCCCGCUAAUCGGAGCAUUUGGCAGACGGUGGCCGAGCAGCGGGAGAAGGUCGUCUCCUUUAUUGAUCUGACCAAUCUGAGCUUUGCCAAACGUAAAAUGCUCGAUGUGCUCAGUGCGAGUGCGACGAGUGGUAAGCAAAAUAAUCCGACGGCGCAGGAGGAUGCAUCAUCAUCGCCAUCGCCAUCUUAUGUCUCGGAGAUGCAAAUCCAGUUGCAACCAAGUCCAUCCCGCAAGCAGCGUAACAAUAGUGCGGCAACAACAACAACAACGAGGAGCAGCAGCUGCAGCAGACGGAGCAGCACCAGUCCGCAGAGCGCCGACGAUUCGCUAGAUGAGCUGACGGCUCAAUUUAACUCCAUGCUCAAUAUUACCCAUGCCAAUUGUGAUCGUGACGAUGACAGUCUUUAUCCCAGCAAUUAUACGCUGCGCAGUUUUUUGCCCAGCAAUCAUGCGCUGCCCAAGGAUGGCGGUGACAAGCCCGAGGCCGAGCAGGCAAUGUAUCAGAAUGGCGAUGACAGUGGUUUGGGUGGUGGUAGUGGUAGUGGCAGCAACAAAAACUCCAUCAACAACAACCACAACAACAACAGUAACAAGAAGAAGAGUAGCAGCAAGCGUCGUGACUCCUGCUCUGGCUCAACAACACAGGAAGCGGAGGCCUACAGUCAGGGCAAGCAUAUUCGACUCACGUUGAGCAGCUCACCGGAGGCGGAGUCGCAGCUGAAGAAGACCACCUCCUCCUCCAUUGAGAUACUCAUAAAUGUGUCGUUGCGGAACACGGAGUGUGUGCAGACGGUGCAGGCACAUGAGCAGGAGUUCCGCUCCAAGCUGGAGAAGGUCAUCGAUGAUGAGAUACACUAUAUAUCCCAGCAGCUGGCCAUGCAGCAGCGCACCACGCAGCUUCUAUCGGAACACCACCAGCACCAGCAGCAGCAACAACACGUGCCACGUGCCCCACUUGCCUCGCCAACACCCUCGUCGUCGCUGCUGUUGCAACGUUCCAACUCGGCGCCGGCACUGUGCCACACCUAUAGCUAUGUGGCAAUUGCAGACUCCCAGCUGCCGUCCCAAUCCCAGUCCCAGUUGACGUCCGGAGACUCAACCCACAGCUGCACCGAGGCGGAGGCACUGCAGCGUUUGCUACGCAACCUGGAAACGGAGUUGCAGCAACUGUUGAACAGCAUUAUACGAGCCCACGAGUUGCACAAUCGUGCCAUUAUCUAUGAUUGCCGCACGCGUAUCUCCCAGAUGCGCGACGAUAUCAAGUCGAGCGUUAUCAAGCCAACCAGAGCCAAGUAGACAUUGGGAUUGUUUGCCCACGCGUUUCAUUUGACUUAUAGCUUUUAAUCUCUCAACUAUUGUCAGAAAACCUACAGCACCUCGACUUGGCCGUAUUGUUUAUUAUUAUUAUUAUUAUUAUUAUUUUUUUGUUAAAUAAUUCUUUUUUCAUGAAUUGUGCUUUUUCUGUUAUCAUUGCUUAUUUUUAUCAUACAAAAUUACACAUAUUUUUUAUAAUUAAGAUGCGUCGGUUCAUUAAGUUUAUCUAUGUUAUAAUAAAUGUUGUUCAUUUACACAAUA